AUGAGAGGUUGGGAGGAGGGUAGAUGGAAGUGGGGGGAUUUAGGCGUGAAUGAAGGGUUGACAGGGGAUGAAGGCACCGAGAGCAUGUUGGGAGUUCUAAAGGGCCGGUUGGAGGAAUUCGGGGGUUUGAAGGAAGGUAGGGAUUCGGUUGUGUGGUCGGGAAAGGCAGAUCCGGUUUCGAGCUUUUCAGUAGCUUUGUGUUACGAUUUCUUUUUGCGGGAUCGGACACCUCAUGGUUCUCAAGUCAAAUAUCAUGAGGCGUUUGAAUUUCUUUGGAAAUCGGAGGUUCCUUUUAAAGUGAAGGCGUUUGGGUGGAGACUUUUCCGUUAUAGACUUCCCAUUAUUGAUCUCCUGUUGAGAAGAGGUAUGGCUAUUCCCGCGGAUAGCUUAAAUUGUAUUCUUUGUGGCAAUUGUGAGGAGAAUUUGAAGCAUUUCUUCUUUUCUUGUGGGGUGGCCAAGAGGGUGUGGUCGGAGGUAGCCGUUUGGGUGGGAAAAGAGGAGAAGUUUGAGGAAGCUUGCAAAGCGAAUUUCUUGGAUUGGUUUCAUUUUUUCCGAGCGAAGAAAGUGAAACAAGGGAAGGAGGGGAUGAUUUGGCUCGCUUGUGUUUGGACUUUUUGGACUCUUAGGAAUGGUGUUCGCUUUAGGAAGGAUAAAUGGAGCGUUAACGAUAUUGUUUGGAGUAUUAAGUUAUUAGCUUGGAAGUGGAUGUUUUGUGGUAAUAUUACACAUCCUAAUUUCUCCUUCUACGAGUUCGUUAUGGACCCUGUGUUCUUUCUAACGUAG